GACCUACAAUCAAUACUUAUCAGAAUUUUGAUAAACUCCCAUAAUCAAAUGGGCAAAAAUAUACGAAACAAGAGAAACUUAUAUUAGUCUACAAGCGUUGUAUAAGGAACGUGCUUCCAAAAUGUCGUUGAAAAUUCGUCCGCUCUCUCCGGAACUACAACAGGCGGCAAAGGAGCAAUUAAAUGAGGUCCCAGAACGCAUUGAAGCCGACUUGGAGGCAUUUAAGACGUGGAUUAAACAGCAACCCCAUCUAAACCCACGUACAGAUGAUCAAUUUCUUAUCGCCUUCUUACGCGGCUGUAAGUUCAGUUUAGAACGCGCAAAGUCCAAAUUGGACAAGUACUAUACACUGAGAACGAAAUAUCCCGAAUAUUUCAACAUCACUGAUGUUGACGACCCCAAGUUCCGUGAAAUUCAUCGAUUGGGAGCGAUAGUCUACCUACCCAAGCCUCUUAAUGAUAAUGGCCCCCGCCUAGCCAUCAUGAGAAGCGGACUCUACUCUGUUGAUAAGUAUCAUAUCAUGGACGUUAUGCGUGUGGCUCAGGCAAUGCAAGAGAUUGCCAUGAUGGAGGAUGAUUAUGCCAUUAUUAAGGGAGUCAUCUUUAUAAUGGAUAUGAAGGGGGCAACUCCGGGUCAUUUGUUUCAAAUGACUCCUGGUAUGGCGAAAAAGAUGACAGUGUUUUCGGAGGAAGCCGUGCCUCUUAGACCCAAGGCUCAGCAUUUUAUUCACACUAUUCCUGGUUUCGAGCAGAUUUUCAACAUGUUUAAGCCGAUGUUAUCAAAAAAACUUCAGGGCCGACUUUAUGUGCACGGCAAUAAAAUGGAGCUGCUAACAGAACAAAUACCCUUAAAGUAUCUACCCAAAGAGUAUGGUGGAGAGAAUGGGUCCGUGGAGGAAAUAGUUGCAGAAUGGGAGAAGAAGUUUGACCAAUACAGUGAUUUCUUUAAGGAAAAUGCUAAUUAUGGCACGGACGAGAGACUUCGUCCUGGAAAUCCAAUCGAUUUCGAUGGUCUAUUCGGGACUGAAGGCUCAUUUAGGAAACUUGAUGUGGACUAAUAUUAAUACACAUAUAUUUAUAUAUGCAUAUACUAUAUAUACGUAGAUAUACAAACUAAUAGAGAAUUUAAAUAAAAUGUGCUUUCUAUUAUUUGAAACAA